CGCUACAACUUCCAGUCAUAAACCCGCAAUCCGCCUUUCGCUUCCCUUCUUGUGCGGUUGAUCUGCCCUUUAAGCUGUCUCACAAUCCUUUCCCCCCUACCACAUCCCUCUCUCUCCCUCAACCAUCAUGGCCGAAACAAUCGCAGGAGAAAGUGGUAUCCAUUCCGUCGCUGGCGCCGUAAUCUUUGCCAUCCUCUACGUCCCCUUGUUCUUCUUCUUCAUCAAGCAAGCAAUCGGUCGUCCAACCUAUGUCUACAUCGUCACGUCUCUCUUCUGUGCCCUUCGGAUCGCUGCUUUCAUCAUCCGAGCCAUGCUGGCUGAUGUCCCUAAAGACGGCAACGACCUGAGCCUCUUCAUCACGUUUGAAGUCAUAUAUAAUGUCGGUUUCUUCGGUCUCCUGUACUCUGCAUACACUCUCGUCCUCGACCGCGCAUUACUUUCCGAUGCACCUUUGCCAGAUGGCCCCAUCUCUCGAAUUACCCGUAGACGUCCAUUAUUCCGUAUUGUUCUGAUGGCUGCCGUAGCAGUGGGCAUAACUGGUGCCAUUGAAGCCGCACAGAUAAACUCGCCAAGCGCAAUGAGCACCGGCUCCACCCUUCGCAAAGUCGCUGUGUACUUGUUCCUUAUCCUGAGUAUCCUUGUUGCUUUCCAAACAGUGUUGCUCAUCAGAGCAGAGUCUUCAUACGGCUCUUAUAAAACUGUCAAUGCAGGGUUCGGAUCCACCCAUGGCAUGUACAUUUUGGCCGUCAUAUCUCUACUUCUCGUAGCUCGCGAGGCGUUCUUUACUGCCACUUCAAACGACCUGACAAAGCAAGACAACGAAGAUCUCUGGUACCCUCUGUCAGCCCUGACAGAGCUGAUAGCAGUUGUUCUCUUCGCUGCUCCUGGACUUGUUCCAUCAAGAGCUGAACUGCCUACGUAACCAGUAGCAUCUGCCGAGUAUAGAUCGGAGGAUUUUACGAUAAAACCGAAGAAACGUUACAUUAUACCGCAUACAUACGUUGGACUUUCUUUUGGAUAUCUGAUUGCACGACAGAAGACUACAUAUUUGUUCAUAAUAAUGACGGGGACUUGACAGCCUGUUUUUGGUCGUUGUAAUAAAUACACCUGAUGGCUCUCGCAAUUCAAAACUAAUUCAGUUUUCCGUAA